AGUGCGUCUAGAUGGCGGUUAUGAAACGUGGUGAGCCGGUCAUAUUUUUUUCUGGUUGCUCAUUACGAUCGUGCAUUGAACCGCUUGCCGAUACUAUGUGAUCACCGUUACUCCACUAACCUCCCCCUUUUUUUGUGUAUUUUCAGCAACCACGUAUCAUGAGGCGUCUGUACCUUUCGCAGCCCACUGAGAGUACGCGUGUCGACGUGGGUCCUUCGAUUCUUGUGGGACAGCGCAGCCUUGUCUCUUUUUCUGUUUCUGUAGAUGCGGAACCAGAUGCCGCCUACGUGGUGGCCGAAUGCGUACCUUGCGAAGAUGCAAACGUUGUGGAGGAGCAAAUGGAAUGCCUAGAACGCGUCCUGCCCUUCGGCAUUGAAGUGCUUGGCGUGUCUGGAAGCGCCAGCGAAGUGGCGGACCUGGUCGCCCAACUCCACGAUGUCGCGUCAAAGGAGCUAGUUAGUGUGGUGCACGGAGACGGCCACGGCAAGCCCCCCUCGUGCUGCCUUGUCAGCGCGCCCUUCAACGCGGUUGAAGUCGUCGUGUCGAAUGUGUCGUUUGUGGAGGUUCGUUGUGCUCUGCACUCGUGCGAGCACCUCCUCCCCCUCCUCGUCUCACCGCAGGGCGGGUUACCCACCGUCAUCGACGGCGAAAGCUACCUGCCUUUGCAGAACUGUGUGCCGUCUCUGACGACUGGAGCAAAACUUGUUCAACUCGGUGUGACGACCAGCACGCUUCGCAUCCACGUGGUGCUGGCUCCAGCCUUUGUUAGCGCAAAAGGUCUGUACGGCAUUCUUAAGCGUCAAAUUGUCGACGCCGUUUCCGCUGGCACCACCCGCCUCGUGGAAGUGCAGUCGCACAACGCACACAUCUCGUACUGUUGUCGAGUAGAACCCGCUGGCGCGGCGGAGGCGUCGGACUUUUCUCCUCAACCAUUGGAUGAGGUUUUUGAGAUGAUUGAGGAUGCCACCGGAGCAGCAGCGAAGCACAGCGACAUGAGAGGAUGCAUACCCGUCGCUUCAGACAAGAGGAAUUCUGCCGGUCUAAGCGGAGGCGCAGCACCAUCAACGCCGACGGUAACGCAGGGUGUGUCUGCAACGAAGCAGAAAUAUGGAAGUGAAACGCUGCUGCUCGUUGUCGGUGUAACCAUCGUGUUGAUCGGUGUGCUCGUUGUUAUGGUACAUUGA